UCAUUCCUCUCCGCCUUUUCUCCAAAGUCGUGCGUAAUGGUAGAACGGAGAAUGAACUCUCUAGUGAAGUGGGCGCUCAUCCUCUUCGUCCUCGUUUCCAUCAUCCUGAACAUCAUCCUGAUCGGUAUCCACUCCAGCAAGGCACCCAAAUGUACCACUCAGCGUAUCCACCCACUGCGGGGCAAACACGACGAGCGCAGUCUCGUGUUCGCGGACCUCACUCGGGAGGAGUACUUGCAGGUCCAGCAGUACAUGCUCAAGCAGAAAGACUUGGACAUAUCCACCAACCAGCUGACCAAGCCAUCGGAAAAUUUCUUGUUUUUAAUAGACCUAUCCCUGCCCAAGAAAGCAGACGUGCUGGCUUACUUGGACGCGAAAGGUGCCAAGCCGGUUAGAGAGGCGACGGUGGUGGUCUUCUGCGGCGCAAAAGGCUACAUUAAGGAGUACGUAGUGUGGCCCCUUCCCAACCCAGCACACCACAGAGAUGUCACAAAGGAGAGGUACAACAUGGACCUGCCUAUUACUGCGCGCACUGUCACCGUCGGGGAAUACGCCUUGCUUUUCAAGUUUUUUGAGGUUGAGGUCUUCUCCAAACUGAAGAAGCUCAUGAAAGAGAGCUUCGACGUGCAUGAGGACAAAACGCUGAACGCGUUCGAGCAGAUGCCCCGCGGAGUCCGAUCCGGGGAUAGAAAGACCUGGGUGUCUUUCUUCAGGGAUAUGGACGGCAUGUACAUCCACCCGGUGGGCUUUGAGGUGCUGGUGAACCAUGAGAGCGUGAACGCGUCCGACUGGAGAGUGGAGCGGCUGCUUUAUAACGGUCAAUACGUGGACACCGUAGAAGCACUUAAAGAGAAAUAUGACAAGGGGUCUAUCAAGAAAAUAGUUUACAAAGAGUCGCCUGACUACGGUUCACUAAAACCCAGACAGAAGCCUCUGCAGAUCGGCCCGCAACAGUUUUACGCCGAGGGGAAGCGCUACAGCAUCAGCAAAAACCACGUCCUGUACCUGGACUGGAGCUUCGCCUUCGGACUCAGCUCUCUCACGGGCAUGAGGGUUUUUGAUGUGCGAUUCAAGGGUGAGAGGAUAGCCUACGAGCUGAGUGUGCAGGAGGCUAUGUCGGUGUACGGUUCAGUGACUCCAGGGAUGAUCCUGACCAAGUUUCUGGAUUCAAGCAUCGGGGUAGGGCGCUUUGCGCACGAACUGGCUCGCGGCGUGGACUGCCCAUACGAAGCCACGUACGUGGAUACAUACCGCUACAUCGAUGUCCCAGCCCCGGUCAGAUUUAGGAACUCAAUCUGCGUGUUUGAGCACAACAUGGGUCAGCCCCUACGGAGGCACUUCUCUGACUUUUUCCACAACAGUUACGGGGGGAUGGUGAACAGCGCCCUGGUGUUUAGGACCAUCACAGCUAUAGGAAACUAUGACUACAUGUGGGAUUUCAUCUUCUACCAGACCGGAUCAGUGGAGGCCAAGGUGCACGCCACCGGCUACAUCUCCUCUUCUUACCUAGUGGAUGGGAGCCUGAGGCACGGACACCAGGUGGCGGAGAAGGUGCUGGGAAACAUCCACACGCACUUCAUCAGCUUUAAAGUGGACCUGGAUGUGUUGGGGGUGAAGAACGUUUUCCAGACCAAAGACAUGGAAUAUGUCAACGUGUCGAUGCCAUGGAUGCCCGAUCACUACGCUAUGGUCCCUCAGCUAGUGGAGAAGCAACUCAAAACUGAACAGGAGGCCGCUCUGCGUUAUGACACAAAGAGUCCUCGCUAUCUCCACAUCGCCAGCCAAAAAACCAACCGCUGGGGUCACCAGCGCUCCUACAGGCUGCAGGUUUUCAGCUUUGUUGGGGACCACCUCCCAGAGAGCCAGGCCGAAGAGAGGGCCAUGUCCUGGGCCAGGUAUAAGGUUGCUAUCACCAAGCACAAGGACUUAGAGCAGACCAGCAGCAGUCUGUACAGUCAAAACAACAUCUGGACUCCGGCCAUCGACUUCAGCAAGUACAUUGAAGACAACGAAAGCAUCGAAGACGAGGACCUGGUUGCCUGGGUGACCACUGGGUUCCUCCACAUCCCUCACUCUGAGGACAUCCCCAACACAGUAACAGUGGGCAACGGGGGUGGGGUCCUGCUGCGGCCCCACAAUUACUUUGAUGAGGACCCGUCCAUCCACUCUGCUGAUGGGGUGUACAUCAAUGUGGGUGCUGAGGACAGCUGUGAACACAACAGGAUGGCCUGCCUCGCUCAAGAGACCUGCAGCCCCGUGCUGGAGCCCUUCACUUUCCACGGCUUCGAUGGAGUCAUGAAGUUUGAGGACUGGACUGAAUGACAGAGCACUGCUUAGGUAAUAGUUAAAGAGCACUGGUGAACUCAGAGGUGAGCUUGGGGUCAUUUCUGCUUGUGUCAAUCUUAGCAUAUGUAUGGAGGCAGCUUGGGACAACAAAGUUUUUGUGAAGCAGCUACCUCUAAAGCUUACUAUUUAACACACUGUAACCUAAUUUCUAAUUUCUUUACUCUCAGCAGCCCGGUGCCGUGACUGUGUGCAGCUUUCCAUACUUUGUUUUCACAGUGAGGUUGCCAAGUUUGGUACCAUUAUGUCUGUACUGAGACCAAAACCAAAAAAGUGCUCACAGACGAUAUCUGGAGAUCCACACUAUAGCUAAAAGGCUGCACAGAAACACUUGAUGGAUGAAUAAACAUGUUAGUCAAGGAACUGUUUCAACAUAUAAUCGCCCUCAUAUUAUUAUUUUUGCAUUUCUAUUUAUACACCUGUUAAACAAACAGCUCAAUACUUAACACACAGGCAUCGAUAUCCUCAGAAAGACAACAAAUAUUUCUGUUCUCCCAAACUGUUCUACUUCUGUUUCUAGGUAAUUUAUGCAGAAACCAACUCAUGGCACUCAUUUCUUUAUUGCCUUUCUUUAUAUUGCGUGUUAGUGGUGUAUUUUACUGAACAAGUUUGUAAAAAACAUCACAACGUGAUAAAUAAACCUGGGACUUUCUGGGCUUCUCGGUAAACAAAAACAUUGAUAAAUUCAACGAUACAAUCCUAAUCUGGAAAUCCACAUAGAAACAAAAUAUCUGAAAAUGUCAAAGUUGUACUUUUAAAAUUUAUCUCUCUGUUCUAUCACUGUUUCAAUCGUAUAUUGAAAGAAUCCUCACUAUCAGCAGUCAAAGCACAUAGAGACAAGUGCCGCACUACCUUCCUGAUGACAUUUCAUUUUCUGUACAAAUAACCAUCUUCUGCAAGUAGGAGGCUGUCAUCUGUCAUCAUUUCAGUAAUGUUUGUAAUGGCAAAGACACAAUUCUUUGUUUUUGUUUUUGCUCUGUCUUUCUUGCUAAUGAGCCACUGUGAUAUAAACUGUGAUGUAAACAUUGUAAACUGACA